AUGAGAAACCGAUCGAACAAUGGAUUUAUUUUAAUUGAUUAUUAUCAGGAGCCUGCAAAAUGCGAAGAAUUUCUGCCGCCGUUGCCGCCGUUGCCGCCGUUGCCGCCGCUUCCGCUGCCACCGACACACCAACCGGCUGGUUCGAGAAUAAUGCACCAAGCUAGAGAUCAGAGGCUGCCGUCCCACGGCCCAAACUUCAGCCACCAGCAAAUUACCCAUCGGUUUCACUCGGCUAACACAGUGAAUUCGUUUUGCUCAACUUCCCCCACAAGCUCUACGUUCAAAAAAGUACCAGAAACCAUGAGUUGCUCCAGUCCUGGUCGUCCCAAGGCGGACAUGAGUUUGUCGGAGUCAUUCUGCUCAUUGGGUUUAGGCGGCCCUUCCAUUGCCAUACCACCUGAUCAGAGAAGCAGAGCAUUGUGGUUUCUGGAGACUCUUGGUAGAGCCGCGUUGCAAAUAACAGGCGUACAAAUUUCGCCGAAUGUUUUUCUCCCUCGCAGGUUCUGGAAGAUGGCAAUUGUUUCUCCUGAACACAUUCAAAUCACUGAACAUCGAAUAAAGGCCAUAAAGCGAGUGCUGAAGUAUCAAAGUUCUUUUGAAAAAUCUUUUAAGUUUCAUCUCAAAGGCGGUUCGCUCUUUGAACAUUUCUCCUCUCGCCUCAUACUGGCGAAACCUGAAGCCAUGUUAUCCCCACAUGAUCCAACACGUGUGAAUUCUGGCACUGGUGCUUCAACAGUAUUCAAGCGCCUCCCGUCUGGAUCAAUCAAAGCAAACUUGACUGUAAGAUAUGCGACCAUGGCUACUCAAUUGCUGGAAGCUGUCAAGCGCGAGUAUAGCUUUGGGCUUGAAACCCCAUUUGUCGACUUUGUUCUAGAGACAAUUACACCAUGUUUCGUGGAUGAUGUGUUCGAUCUACAUGCACUAUAUAUGGAUCACUUGCUAAAGAAAAUUGCCCCUGAGAUAGGAAAUUUAACUUGA